CCAGAAAAUGAAUAGGCUUUUCGGGUUUUCACUCAUUUAUACGCUGUUAUCUUUCUGGUCCAUACAAAGGGAAGGUGGUGUUGGACUCAAAAGAAAGAAAGUUCGACCCCAAAAAACAGAACCAGAGGUGAGAAGGUUGAAAGAAAAGCAGCAGAGUUUGAAUGCAAAAAUGGUACAGAACACAGUUCCACCAAAAGGGUUGGUCCUUGUUCUUCUGGUUGUUGUCUUGAUGGGGCUCAUCAUCAACGUAGCAAAUGGGAAAUCCCCAGACACACAUAAUGUGAUGGCACUGUACGUGUUAGGGGACUCUUCUGUUGACUGUGGAGACAAUACUUUGUUGUACCCUCUCAUUCACCAUAAUUUCUCUUUGUAUCCAUGCGAUGGCUCAGACUCAAGCCUUCUUCCUUAUCUUCUUGCUGAGAAGAUGAGCUUGCCAAACAUCUUACCUUUCUACAGCCAAAAUGGAUCGAUUGCAGAGCUCCAACAUGGUCUUAACUUUGGGUCUGCAGAAGCAACAAUCUUGGAGCCCCGGAGCCAGAGCCACCAGUCUCUCAACCAACAACUACGCCAAGUUUUUGAGAUCAUACAGCUGUUGCAGCUGCAACUUGGCCAGAACAGUGCUGACCAUUUUAUCAAAUCCUCUAUGGUGUACCUCUCCUUUAGCAAAGAUGACUACAUUGAUCUCUUCCUUGGAAAUUCCUCUGGUGUAAUGCUCAAUUAUAAUAGCCAAGAGUUUGCCCACAUUUUGGUCAACCAGAUGAUACAUGUUAUGAGGAUUCUCUACAAUGCAAAUUUCAGGAAGAUAAUAUGCACGGGAAUUCUGCCUUUGGGGUGUACACCACGUACAGUGUGGAAGUGGUAUAAUACCUCUAAUGUUGAAAAAGAUGGCCGAGGAUGCGUGAAGGAAAUCAAUGAUAUAGUUUUGGAGUACAAUACUAUGCUGAAUGAGCACAUUGUGAAGCUUAAUUCCAAGUUGCCCGAUGCACAGAUAGUCUUCUGUGAUGUGUAUCAAGGAAUUAUGGAGAUCAUUACCAAACCAGCAAACUAUGGAUUCGAGGAAGUGAGGAACGCCUGCUGUGGGGCUGGCACGUAUGGCGCGAUUAUUGGCUGCCUCUCCCAAGAAAUGGCCUGUGACCAAGCUUCAAGUUUUGUCUGGUGGGACUUAUACAACCCUACACCAGCGGUUAACUCCUUGCUUGCGGAUUCUGCCUGGUCUGGCCGACCCUUCUCUGGAAUGUGCCAUCCUAUAACCAUUCAGGAAUUAAUCAACACUUGAGUGAUGCAUCUGACCUGAUGACCAUGCAGCUACCAUGUGGUAUUCUUUUGAUUUUCCCUUCUUUGGUUUGUUUAGGCUGGCCUUUUGUUAGUAGAAGUUAGUAAUGCUGUUGAUUUUAAAUGCAAGUUUAUGUAAAUGCUAAAUAGCAAGUUACAGUAAAAAAGAGCAAAUUUUCCAAGAUUUCUUGAAGGCUAUUUC